AUGGCAGAUGCAGCACUUGAUCCAUUCUUUCCACACUAUGGUGGAUCGUUUCAAGAAGCUGGUUGGCGUGAGAGGAAUAUGGAAGGAAACUCUUCACCAGCGACGUUAACGCUCACGAUGUUCUGCAAUAAAUCUAAAUUUGUGUCAACUUUUGCGCACACAGAUUGGAUAAGCAUCGACUGUGGAGCAAGCAUUGGAUACACUGACCCAGAAACAGAAAUCUCGUAUCAGACGGACACAGGCUUCGUAGAAACGGGAGAAAUUAAUAUGGUGGCAGCUGAAGAAAGAUUUGACGUAGAUUUUCCUUAUUUUGGGAGACAACUAAAGACACUGAGGAGUUUCCCAAAAGGAAAAAGAAAUUGCUACACCCUAAAUCCAAAACAGGGCAAAAACAGCAAUUACCUCGUUAGAGCUUUCUUCGCUUAUGGAAAUUAUGAUGGCAAAAAUAAAACUCCAACUUUUGACUUGUACCUCGGCGUCAAUUAUUGGACAAAUGUUAAUCCGGGAGAUGGCUAUCAAAAAACAGAAAUUAUCCAUACUCCCACAACUGACACCAUACAUGUUUGCCUUCUUAAGACUUCCGAAGACAUACCUAUCAUUUCUACAUUGGAAAUACGACCUCUCCACAAUGAUAUUUAUCUAACUCCAUCCCCUUCUCAAUCACUAUUAGUCCUUGAUGAGAGAAUUGAUGUUGGCUCCAUUCCGUCGACUUCAACCCUGUUCAGAAGAUUUCGAGAUGACAUCUAUGAUCGUGUGUGGCGUGUGGACGAUAUUUUUGAAGAUGAAGGUUGGCAACGGUUCAAUAGAUCUGUCGAUAUUGAUCGCAGAAGCAUAAAUGAUUCUUAUAAAUUACCGCUAAAUGUGAUGUUAUCUGCAACCCAACCAUUGAAUCUCUCCGCUCCUUUAUACCUUGACUAUGACUCUUUCUGGACCGAGCCAACUGAAAGAUCUUUCAGAUAUUUUGUCUACUUUCACUUUGUUGAAAUUGAGCGGCUUCCCCAUGGAAAGAAGAGAGUCAUCGAUGUUACUGUUAAUGAUGAAUAUAUCCUCCGAGAGAGAACUCUUGAAUACUUGAAGCCGGUGGCGGUUACUGAUGUUACGAAACAAGACGGUCUUAGUUUUAGCAUAAGUGCAACAGCAGAAUCUGAUCCUCCUCCAAUUCUUAAUGCCCUUGAGGUUUAUAAGUUAAUAUCAGAGCUAGCAUCCCCAACUAACCAAAAAGAUGUGGAUGCCAUUUUGGACAUUAAAAACACAUACAAAAUAGUAGAUUGUCAAGGUGACCCAUGUGUUCCGGUGAACCAUGCUUGGGAGAGACUUAAGUGCAGUUAUGGCAUUGAUUACUCCAACGCAAGGAUCACCUCACUAAACAUGAGCUCGUGCAAGUUAACAGGACAAAUAGUUGCUUCAUUUUCACAACUCAUGGAGUUGGAGUCCUUGGAUUUAUCAAGUAAUGACUUGUCAGGACCAGUACCUGAAUUUCUAGCUGAAUUACCAAAGUUGAGAAUCCUUAAUUUGAGUGGCAACAGGCUCGAGGGUUCAAUUCCCAAGGCUCUUAAAGAAAAGUCUGAUUUGGAAAUGAGUUUGGACGGUAAUCCCAGCCUAUGUUUGAAGCAACCAUGCAGAAAGCAAAAGUUCCUUAUUCCACUUAUAGCAUCUGUUUCGAUUUUGACGGUUCUAAUUAUCUUGAUUUCUCUUGGAAUUUGGGUGUUCAAAAUGAAAAAACUGAAAGUGGAUUCUACCGUCUCAACAAAGCAAGCAUCAGAACCAAGAAAUCGUGCUUUUUCUUAUUCCGACGUCCUUGAGAUGACAAAUAACUUACAAAACUUGAUUGGAGAAGGUGGAUUUGGAAAAGUUUAUUUAGGAACCCUUAAGAAUAGCACUCAAGUUGCAGUGAAGUUACUUUCUCAUUUAUCAGUGCAAGGUCAUAGAGAAUUUCGAUCAGAGGUAGAACUUUUGAUGGUGAUUCAUCACAGACACUUAGUUUCUCUGAUUGGAUAUUGCGAACAAAGAGGCGUCAGGGCAUUAAUAUAUGAAUAUAUGGUUAAUGGGAACCUCCACCAUCAUUUAUCAAGUAAUAAAGGAGGUGGUUUGAAAUGGAAAGAUAGGCUUCAAAUUGCAUUGGAUGCAGCGUAUGGAUUGGAUUAUUUGCAUAAUGGUUGUAAGCCUGCAAUUGUGCAUAGAGACCUUAAGGCCUCCAACAUUUUGCUAGACAAAAAUAUGAAAGCUAAGAUUGCUGAUUUUGGAUUGUCUAGAGCUUUUGCAAAUGAUAUUGAUAGUCAUGUUUCAACUCGUCCGGCUGGGACAUUUGGUUACCUUGAUCCUCAGAGUUUUCAAAAUUCUGGAAACCUUACAAAAGGGAGCGAUGUUUAUAGUUUCGGAAUAAUUUUGCUAGAACUUGUGACCGGAAAACCAGCAGCAAAGAGACAACGAAACAAUACCUUCAUUCUCCUACUUGAAUGGGUCGCCCCUAAACUUGAUAGCAAGGAUAAUAUCCAGUCCAUUGUUGAUCCAAGGUUACAAGGACAUUACAGUGAUGAUUCUGCUUGGAAAUUUCUUGAGAUUGCCAUGUCAUGCACUGCACCGUUGGCAAGUCAGAGGCCUGAUAUAAGUCAAGUUGUCGUUGAACUAAGGGAAUGUUUGGCAAUGGAAACAAGCAUGGAAGAGACCAGUCACAACACCAAUUCAAGCAGUUCAUUGGAUAAGAGUGUUUUGCAAUAUGAUUCAAGCUUUAGUGCUCCAUAUGCUAGAUAG